GUCGCUGCGAAGGGCGAAGAAAACGCAUUUCGAGUGUUCGCUGCCGGCCGCAGCGUUUGUCCGUUUGCACUCGCCGUCCUGCGACUCUAGCGCAGGCGUGGACGGUGGCGCCGGGCCCGCUCGGCGGGGCGGACGUAUGGUCGGGGCAGCUCGAUGGAUCAAUAACCGGAAGGGAAUUGAGAAGAGAACCGAAGGAGGAGUAUUUCUUUGAGUACAGUGGGUUGUGAUGAUUUGGAAAAAGUUCCCUGAAAGGGUGAUGAAAGCUGAUUCAAUGCAGAUGCAACCUCAACCGAAAGGUUACAUCUCUCGUAGUGGAACAGCCCUUCAUUACUGCACUGAAGCAGUACUGGCCUAGAUUUCUCUGCUCGAAUGUGUGAAGUGGGGCUUGACUCAGCAGUCUUCUGACACGAAUGAGGACAUUCUGGAAAGAAAUCUAGAACCGGUCAAGACUUUCCUAGCAACUAGCUUUACCAAAGAAGACAUCUUCUCAUAUGAUUGAGUUAAGGACUGCGUUGAAAUCAGAGGCUGAAUCUAUGUUGUCAGAUGAACUAGAACCCAAACCUGAGUUGCUGGUGCAGUUUGUGCAGAAUACAUUUAUACCCUUGGGAGAAGGGUUUGAAGAGCCACAACAGGGUGAAGUCCGAUGUCUACCUCCAACGAAAGCCAGUAAGAGUGCAAUACACAACGCAAUCUUGCCCUCUGGUGACUCCUCUGCCUCUGAUCCUGUGGUGCCGAGUCAAGUCGGGGUGCCUGAAGCUGGAAGCAGAUCAGCUUCCGGUGAAAAUGCAGAUGGGAGCGCCCCGUGGUAUCUCCGCGUUCAGGAACUGGCACACGACAGCCUCGUAGCUGCAACCAGGGCACAGCUGGCCAAACAUUCAAAAGGAGAGCCAGAGGACAGCUGCGCUGCAGCAGAUUCUGUGGAAGGUGCGCCAACUGAGGUGAAUCAAGAGACUCCGCAGGGUGAGAAGACCCUCAAGUGCUCCUAUGAAGGCUGCAGCAGGACCUUCCUCUGGCACGCCCACCUGAAAUAUCACCUGAAAACCCACAAGAAUGACCGUUCAUUCACCUGUCCAAAGGAAGGAUGUGGAAAGAGUUUCUACGUGCUCCAGAGAUUAAAGGUGCACAUGAGGACUCAUAAUGGAGAGAAGCCCUACAUCUGCCCUGAGGAUGACUGUGGGAAGAAGUUUACAACAGCCGGCAACUUGAAGAACCACAUGCGAAUUCACACUGGGGAGAAGCCAUUUGUCUGUGCAGCCAGAAGCUGUGGACGGUGUUUCACAGAGUACUCCAGUCUACGGAAACACAUGGUCGUGCAUUCAGGUGAGAAGCCUUUCCAGUGCACUAUUUGCUGGAAGACGUUCUCUCAGAGCGGCAGCAGGAAUGUCCACAUGCGGAAAUGCCACGAUAUCCGUCUUGUCUUCAGUGACCAAGAAGAGGCUGCAGCCAAUGGCCUACCUGACGAUGGUGUGGGAAGUGUACCAGAGAUGCCUUCAGGAUUUUCAAUAGCUACAGCUUCUGUGCUUUCACCAUCUGCCCUGGAAGCACAGCCUUUGGUGUUACCACAGAGUGUACUUGGAGCAGAGGAGGAAGUAUUACCCGUGAGUUCACCAUUAGUUACUGGCACAACAACUACAGCGUCCAUUGUGGUACUGCCCCAGCCACACCAUCUUGUCGCCAUAGCCACUGCAGGACAUUCUUAUGAGGAAGUAGUAACUGUAUUAAUACAGUGAAUGGCUACGGGCCCUCUAGUUGUUAUAUUUUGGUCAAAGGACCUCAUGAAAUGGAGAGCAAGGCUGCUUUGAUCCAGGUCUGACUGCCUCUCUUUCCUAGUUUACUAAAAUGUGAACUUGGACAUGAAUUUAUCUCUACAUAUGCAAGAAAUCAGCAUCAAAAGCAAUGCUGCUGGAUAAUUUCUCCAUUCUAGCUCUUCCUUGUGUAUGCAAGAUCCUGACGAUAUCCUGCAUGAGGAAAUUGAUCUAAAUUUGACUACUUUUCUUGGAGCAACAGAGAAAAGGAGUAGACUGGUGUUUGUUUACAAAGGGUCGUUUGAUUU